AUGCCAACUGGCUGCAGCUUCAUCUGGAGGUCCAUCUGGAAGGAGCUCAUUUACCUAAACAAGGCUUCCGACAUGCCAUGGCUGGGUCUUGAGCUAGCUCGACAUGGUGGUGCAGAGUAUAGAAAGUGGAUCGAACUUGACAGGUACCUAGAAGACAAGUCUAUGAAUGAAAUACACUAUUCUGGACACGUCAAUAGGGUGUAUGUACGCAUACCUGGAAACAAUAUAUUCGUAAGAAACGAGCUAGUUGAUCAUGGCAGCCUGGGCCCUGGCUGGUCAGGAAGCAACAGCACAAACAAUGGGCAUGUUCCACCAUUCACAUUCAAUCCUGCUGUAUACAUGGGUCCACGACUCUUUGCUAUUGAUCAGUACACCUCCAGGUUUAUAUUCCAGCUUGGAGACAUUCAAGUUACUGAUCAUUUCUCCUCCCUACACCGUACCAUGUCUACUGCAGUUGUAACAGACCAAAUUUUGGUGUCACAAGCAGCUGCCAAGCUUACCGGCACAGACAAGACAUUAUUGAAUAAUACUACUGCCAUCCCUUGCCCAGAUUCCCGCCUCCUAGACCCAGUCAUCCGUCACCGAACUCUCUCCAACAAUCAAUGGGCCAAGCGGUUCCGCUGA